AAAGAAGAAGAUGAACAGCUUCUACUCGUCCAUCGGGCAGGGGCUGGACGCGCUGCACUGCAGGCUGGACGGCGGCGAGGUGGCGUUCAUGUCGGGGCCAUUCCUGCAGCAGGCGGCGGCGCUGGUCCGGUCAAUGCACUCGCAGCUGCUGCAGCUGGUGCACCGGCUGCACCUGCCGGCCGGCGAGAGCUGGCUGGACGAGUACAUGGACGAGACGUCCCGCCUGUGGGACGCCUGCCAGCUCGUCCGCGCCGGCGCCACCGCGCUCGACGCCUACUCGGCCACCGCCGCGCGCGCCCUCCACGACUGCCACUGCCUCCUCCUCCUCUCCUCCGCCAACGCCGCCGCGCGCGCCAUCAACGCGCCGCGACGCCACGCCGCGGGCCUCCUCCAGGAGAACCGCGCCCUCGCCGACGCCCGCCUCGACCCGGCCUCCCUCCUGCUCGACCACCGCUCCCCUCUCGACUUCAACCUCAACGCCUUCAACGGCUUCCGCGCCGUCCUCUACGCGCUCCGCAACGCCACCUCCUUCCUCCUCGCCCUCCUCCUCUCCGCCACCGUCUCCUGCCUCCCCGACCACCUCUGCUCGCCCUCGCCGCCCGCCACCGCUGCUGGACCCGGACCCGGCUACGUCUCCUCCAUGGCCCGCCUGCGCCAGCGCGUCGCCGACGAAAUGGCCGCCGCCGCCGCCGACCACUCCGCCGCCGGCACCACCAUCAUGAUGUACGAGUUCCGCCAGGCCAGAGCCGGCAUCGACACCCUCAAGGUGGAGCUUGACAGGCUCGGUGCCACCGGCUACGGCGACCCGGAGGAGAUCGCCGACAGGGCGGAGCUCAUCAAAGGCUGGGUGGACAUGCUCCGCUCAGGCGCCGAGGCCGUCAUCGCCGAGCUCGACGACUUCUUCGAUGACAUUGUCGAAGGCAGGAAGGUGCUGUCCGACCUCUGCAGCCAUCGCUGAAACCAACUCCUACCACCAGUAGCCUCCCUUCCAUCACCAAUGAUAUGUACUGUUAUUAUUGCCACAACCAAAUCAAAUCAAAAAUUAACACUUUGCAUAGUGCAUUUGCACAAGAGUUGCUAACACACAAGAACAAGGAGAAGAAACAAACAAUGGCUAACUGGCAGUUGGUGCUUAAUUAAUUACUUAUUAUGCCUACCUCACCUAUUCUCAGCCAGAAUCAGAAUAUAUAUAUGUCCACUGAUCAGUAAAGUAAUUCUUCCUUUAAUGGUAUUUUAUGAUUGAUGAUGCUAUAAUAGUUACUGGUGAAAGGAAGAAUC